AUGUUGUGGAUUGAUGUGAAAACUGAAGCCGAUUCUACGUGGGAAUAUUUGGUGUAUAAAUUUGAACAGUAUGUCAUUAUGCUGACAUGCGUGAUGGCUUACAUUUCAAUGGUAAUCCUCAAAUACUAUCGAACUCCAUCAGAAAACAGUGCUAUAGGUGUCAAGGAAUCAGAAUUCGAUCAUACAAUCGUUAAGGAUUUUAUUGGAACGAAUUUGAGUACAACGGAACAUACAUGCGCGAUGGCUGAAAGUAAAACAAAAAUUGCACCAAGGAUGUGA